UCUCGCCGAAUGGCUCGAUGUAAAAGAUCUUUGGGCACAUCCGCACGUGCAGUCUUGCUAGCAGUCUCACAACUGGUCUUGUGGGCCGAGAGCCCGCAGAGAUUGGCGCGCAUUACAUUUUCGAUUACAUCAAUUCGGGUGGUGGGAUUGCGGAGCUUAUGGCUGAACACGAGCGGGGCGCUCAGCUUCUCAAAAUCGUGGAAGGCGGUGCGCCAACGAGCGCCAUCGGUCCCGGGUAUCUUCGGAAGUACGGUCAGGCCUUGAGAGAGCCGCACGCUGGGUUGUAUUUUGCGGGAGGAAAGACUGUAUAUGAAUAGAAAGGAUACUUGGAGGGUGCAGUCCGAGGCGGCCGAAGGGCUGCUGAAGAAGUCAUUGAGAGUUUGAGCCAGAAGGCAUGAGUCUGUUGAAGUAAGAUGCUGAAUGAUAUUUGACAAGAAUCGUGGAUGACCUUGCAUUCGCACGAUUGGAUAGUCUGCGUGUUCAGAUGUUGAACGGGGAAACUGGAAUAUAGA